CACAGGCGGGCUCGUUCUCAGAUUCAUAGACGCUUCCGCGGUCAAGCUUUGGGCAGGCUUCCGCCCAGAAACUCCUGAACGAUGACCGAUUCUCCUACCAGGAGUAUCGAAAAGGAUGAUUCAGAAGAAUCAGGAUUUGUCUAUCCUCGACCAGACGACGAUGGCAAUGAACGCGGUGGCCAAGAUGACGAAGAGACCGGUGAUUAUUCGACGCGCAUGAAAGAGUUGUUCUCAGACGAGGAGGAACAUUCAGAAGAAGUUAACGAUUUGGAUAAUGAAGAAGGGUUUCUGUACUCUGGGGUCGACGCAAACGUCUCUGUAGGAUAUCGUGACCGGUUGAGGGACGUCUUGGGACCUGAUCAUGAGGACGAGGAAGAGGAUGACACGGAUGCACAUGAAGUAGAACGGUCUCUUAUUGUCGAUGGUUAUGGGCAGCAACAGUCUGACGAUGAUGAGCCUUUGUCCCAUGAAAUAUCAUCUCAGGACGCCAUGUCCAUCUCUUCUGGUUUUGAAUCUCCCAAGCCAGAUCAUUUGCGACUUGAAUCUUCUGGUCUUGCAAGGCCUUUUCUUCACCCCACCGUUUCUCGUCUACGCUCCUACACACCUCAAGGUUCACCCGUACCAUCCGCAACCUCACAAUCAAACAUCUUCCCCGGAACCUCGUCUCAUUCUCAUUCUCAUUUCUCCUCCAUAUCACGAAUGUCCUCAAUUUCAAAUUUACGCUCGAACACUUCCGAUUCAGUUGAUGGAAAGUUUAAGCAACUCGAGACUGAUGCAUUCCAAUGGACGGAGCUACGGAAUAUCAACCAGCACAUAUAUUCCUCUCAUUCGACAAAGGUCUCCUCGGUACUGGGAGCUGCAUCUGGGUCGCCGACCGUACUUGCUGCCAACGGGCUCAUAUGCAUUGGUACAGACGAGGGGAGGAUAUGUGUUUAUGACUUCAAGCAGACCUUGAAAUGUAUAUGUACGAAUGCCGCAGAGAAGAACAUUGGUGCUGUCACCGCUCUUGCUCUGUCGCACGACCAUACCUAUGUCGCCUCUGGGCAUUCGACUGGCUAUAUACAGUUAUUCGACCUCAAAACUCCACACACUCCUGCACGGGUUGUACCGCCCACUACACUCACCAUUAUUGCUUCAGGACGGAAGGAAGGUCAUAUACAGGGCUCAAGGAUUGUCAAUAUAGGUUUUAUCGCCACGCGACAUACUGCCCUCGUCUCCGCUGAUGAGCAUGGCCUGUCUUUCUACCAUAGUUUAGGCAAGAUUCUCUUUGUCGAAGCCCCGGACAUUCUUCGUAUAUUGGGAAAAUAUCCUCUCGAUGAUGUGUCUCCGAAGAAGCCCAACUCUACCACUGUACCUUCCCGGGCUCAAAAGAAGAUAAAAUAUACCGUUUUAUCUAUGAUGCCACUUCCGCUUGGAACGUCCUCUCACCCGACCGAUGGCUACAGUAUCAUAGCGCUUCUCACGCCUUCCAAGCUUGUCGUGGUCGGUUUAAAACCGACGCCGAAGACGUGGUUUAAAUGUACCCGAAAGACAGAAGCUACGGAUGUUCAGGCGGUUUCACAAUCCAGAUGGAGAGGUACACUGUGUUGGUUUCCUAGUAAAGAUUCGACGUCUGGUACCACUGGAGAGUCCUCGUCAAAAGUGGCCAAUGGAAGGAGUAUCCCAUCCUCCGUUUCCAACCCCUUACUUGCCUAUAGUUGGGGGCGUACGCUCAAGUUUAUUCGAGUGAUUGAAUCCAAAGUGAAGCAAACGGUUCGCAAUCCGAAAACCGGCAAGAUAAGUGAAAUUGAAGUUGGGACGAUUGGGUACGAGGAUGUUGGGGAAAUCGUUUUCGAUGAAGAUUUGCUGGCGUUUCAAUGGCUCAAUGUCAAUCAAGUUGUCGUCUUGACUGCGUCAACCUUGCAGGCCUACGAUCUUUCGCUUUCUAAAGUAAUCGAACACGUCAAGUUUGAUGGUCUCUCUUUGGUGUCUCCCUCCUUGAAAACAACUGUCAGUGGAGCAUCAUAUUCGAGGUCUGUUGGAGAUGUGUCCCAUAGUAUGAGAACCUACAAGGGAAAAAUAUUCCUCUUGGGACGCCAAUCAGUCCAAGUUGGCACCUUUCUGACAUGGGCAGAUAAGAUCUUAGCACUGGUCCAAGAGGGCGAUUUCCUUGGUGCCAUAGAGUUAACACGUUCCUACUUUCUCGGGACUUCCACCGGAAACACAAAUGGGCUUCCUGAAGAUGUGGGUCGGCGUAGGGAAGUGAUUGGCAAGAAACUGCGUGAGCUGAUGACCGCAUCUACUCGAUACGCUUUUUCGGAGGAUCGCAUGACCGACGGAACUCAUUUCACACCGGAUGGUCGAGGAGUUGAUAGAACGUCUCUAUUCGAGAACCUCGUUGGUACCUGUUGUCGUGCUUGCAUCGCCCUCAAUGACUAUGAGUUCCUAUUCGAGGAUCUCUUUCAACAUUACGAUGACUCGGGGAUUACACGAAUAUUUUUAACCCAAUUAGAGACAUUCGUCCUCGACAACGAGAUACGAUAUGUUCCCCCUCGGAUAACCCAACGCCUCGUUGCAAUGCACGACGGAGACAACUUACCUGAACGAGUCGAACGCAUAAUAUGGCAUAUUGACGCUGAGUGUUUGGACAUAAAUCAAGCUAUUUCCCUAUGCCAAACACAUCAUCUAUACGACGCGUUGAUCUAUGUCUACACACGUGCUUUGAGAGACUACGUAGCUCCUGUGGUGGAACUCCUAGGCCUCAUCCGCAGUAUUUAUCAAAUUCGCCGAAGUCGAUCGCAUGAUGCAGAACUGGAGCCUCUAAUCUUGAAUGCGUACAAGAUCUACCCUUACCUGGCGGAUGUCCUGCAAGGACUCACUUAUCCCAGUGAGGAGCCUUUACCGGAAGAGGCCGCCAUUCAGGCGAAGAAAGAUGUAUAUUCUUUCCUGUUUUUUGGUCGCUCCAGUAUCUGGCCACCAGGAGAAGGAGGAAAGUUGGUACUCACGGCCGAGGAGGAGGGAGGGGUAGAGCCAACGUUUCCUUAUGUUCGCCAACUACUACGAUUCGAUUCAGAAUCCUUCCUGCACUCUCUGGACAUAGCAUUCGAGGAUGCCUAUUUCAACGAUGAGUCACAAGAUAUCAUUGUAAGCCGACUGGUAAUUGUCCGAGUGCUGCUGGAAAUCCUGUCUACUGGUGUAUCUCCCGUCGAUGCUACAUUCAUCAAUAUUUUUCUUGCCCGCAACAUCGCCAAAUACUCCUACUCCCUCCAGAAUCAUAUCCCUCCCAGCUCCCUACACGCUAUUCUUGUUGGUUUGGCCGAAGAUCCGGACAAAUCGACUCGAGAGGAUCGUCAGUUGGCUGCCGAGUUCUUACUGUCUGUGUAUAAUCCACACGACAGUGAGGGGAUACUACAGCUAUUCAAAGAUGCUGGUUUCUAUCGCAUCCUUAGGUCGUGGUAUCGUCGGGAUGGGAAGUGGCUACCGCUACUCUCAACAUAUCUGGAAGACUCAGGCUUGAGUUCCUAUGAUACAUUCUCGAGCAUCGAUGAAGUCUUGGGCACAGCGGACUCACGCGCAGACCUUAUUUCUUUUAUUGAGGACUCCAUACCCAGUUUGUUGAAAAGCAGCGUGUCCAACACCGCCAGUUUACUUGACAAAUAUGCUCCUACCUCCCAUGCACGUGCCGUCGAGCUUCUCGGCGAAAACUCCGAUGAAGACCGUCUUUGUUAUCUUCGACAGUUAUUGGGCCCUGCAGAGGAGCACGACGAGUAUCUAUACCCCAUCCAUGUUGCACAUCCGUCAGAUAAAGUCGACAGCUCCCUGUGCGAGCUAUAUGUUUCCUUGCAGUGUAGAUUCGCACCCAAUGACGUCAUUCAAGUUUUGCAGCACCUUCCUCGAAACAUACCAGACUGGGAACAAGUGGUCACAACCUGUGAAGAUGCGGAAGUGUUCGAUGCGGCGAUGUGGGCUCUCAACUCACUGGGACGACCUUUGGACGCACUCUCAAAGGCUGAGCUCUUCGACAAACGUUUGACGCUCAAGCUAGUUGACCUGUUUUCAGGCGAAGAUACCCCCACUUCAAUCGAGUCGGUUGUAGAGAAGCUCAAAAAAAUAGUCCUUACGGGUAUUUCUAUAUGCUUGGAAAACUGUCGAAGUACUUCGCAGCCUGAGGUGCCUUUGGAGGAUAUCUGGUUCAGGUUGUUGAACAGCCAAGUAAGCUGCGUGCAGACUGUCUCGAGCUGUUGUUCUGCAGAAGUCCUAUCAGCUCAGUCAGAAAAUGUCUUUAUCGACGAGCAUCUGCAGACACGGUGGAGAUCCCUCGCCUCACUUCGGUCUCUGAUACAAGAGACUUUCAGUGCUCUUGUGUCGGUCACCUCAACGCGUGCUGUUUCUUUCCCACGGCUGUUCAGUCGCCUUGUUAACUCUGCAACCCAGUCGGAAUCAACUACACGCACCCAUUACAACGAAUUCCGCAGCAUACUGACCAGCAUGUUGGAGUCCUAUCGGUCGGAUGGAGACAUGUUGACAAUCACCAAACAUCUUUUGGACCGGGACGUCUUUGACACCAUGGCGGAAGCAGCGAGACAACAAGUUAGAGGAUGGACACCAUCAAGGCAAGACUGCACGUAUUGCAGGAAGCCAAUAUUCGAAGGGAUUCCAUCUGCGCUUCCCUCUGAUGAGCAGGUUGAGCGUGUACAAUUUGUUGUUUCACGGACAGGAUCUAUUCAUCACACUAGCUGUUUCCCACAGGGAUCAUGA